AUGGGGCUUCUGAAAAUUGGAACUCCCCUGCACUGGGAGGAUUCCUUGGAACACUGCAACUAUGUCCGGCUGCAUGGUAUCCACCAGUUCAUCGCCACUUACAGAAGGUUGAGGCACUUGGAAAACGAUCGCCUUUUCUAUGGGGAUGAGAUCGAGUAUUCCUUGCUGAAGCUGGAUGAGCGGCAGAAGACGGUGAAGCUCAGCCUAAGGGGUCCAGAGGUCAUGGAAUCCCUGAGGCAAUCGGAGCAGGUGAUCCAUGCCUUCCGGGGCUGCACCUGGCACCAGGAGUAUGGCAGCUGGAUGUUGGAAGGGACACCGGAUCUGCCCUAUGGUGGUUAUACCAUGAGCCUGGCCAGUGUGGAGCAGAACAUGCGUUUGCGCAGGGGCCGCCUGCUGUCGGCGCUGCUGGCAGAUGAAGUAGCGCCCACCUUGGUGUCGUUUCCACUCAUGGGCGUAGGCGAUUUCGUCUCGCCCUCUGCACCACCAGGAGGUGAGGCUUCAGAGUCUGACUUCGUGCCAGAUACAUGCAUCAAUCCGCACCCCAGAUUCGCCACGCUCACUGGCAACAUUCGACGCCGCCGGGGUGGGAAGGUGGACAUUCGUGUUCCCCUCUAUGAGGAUGUAAAGACACCAGAGUUCAAAAGUUCAAAGGACCCACAAAUCCACAUGGACUGUAUGGCCUUUGGCAUGGGAUGCUGUUGCUUACAAGUGACCUUCCAAGCCAGUGACAUUGAAGAGUCCAGGCUGUUGUACGACCAGUUGGCUGUCCUAGCUCCCAUCAUGAUGGCCUUGACCGCAGCCACACCCAUCGUCAAGGGCCGCCUGGCGGCCACUGAUGUGCGUUGGAGUCUGAUUUCCCAAUCGGUGGAUGAUAGGACCCCAGCUGAACGAGGGGAGGCUCCUUCCGCAGCUCCUGACAGCCGAAUGGCCGGAGGAGGCGUCAGGAGACAGACCAAAAGCAGAUACGACUCCAUCAGCUGUUACAUCCAUCCCGGUUCCAACAGCUACAGCGACAUCCCCUGCGAAAUCGAUGACGAUCUCUUGGCGCUUUUGCAGAAAGAAGGCAUUGAUGACACCUUGGCGCGGCACAUGGCGCACCUUUUCACCCGAGAUCCUCUGGUGAUCUUUGAGGGUUUGGUGGAGGUGGAUGACUCGGCCACCACCGAGCAUUUCGAGAGCAUCCAGUCCACCAACUGGCAGACGGUACGGUGGAAGCCACCUCCCAUGAAGGCCAACGCCUGUUCACCGCAUGUGGGAUGGAGAACUGAGUUCCGGUCCAUGGAAGUUCAGAUGACUGACUUCGAGAACGCGGCCUUCACAGCGUUCAUCGUGAUUGUCACCCGAGCGAUCCUAGUUUUCAAUCUCACGCUUCUAGCACCGCUGUCGAAGGUAGAUGAGAACAUGAAGCGUGCGCACGAGUUGGACGCCGUUCGCCGGCAGAAGUUCUGGUUUCGCAAGCACAUCCUGCCGGACGACACGGAUGACUUCAUGGCCAAGCAGUGCCCAGGGCAGCAGCCGCUGAACGCCGAGGCCAAAGCCAGUCAGUUUGAAGAGAUGACGAUGGAUGAGAUAAUGAACGGCAAGAGUUGCUACUUCCCGGGCUUGGUUCCACUCUGUUAUGCAUACCUGGAGCACAUUGGCUGCGAUGAGACCUCCUUCCGAAGAAUCGAUGAAUAUCUGAAGUUAAUCAAGGCUCGAGCCACGGGGCAUCAACUCACGCCCGCCACCUGGAUGCGGAACUUCGUGCACUCGCACAGGGACUACCAGAUGGACUCUGUGGUUUCUGACAGCAUUGCCUAUGACUUGGUGACCGCCUGCAACGACAUCGCCCUGGGAAAGCGGGCGUGCCCUGAACUGCUGGGUGAGGUGAAGAUUGAACCCAUCACCGCCCAUGGCCAAUACGAAACGCCCUUGUACGGUGAACGCCUGGGACCAGAGGAUCGCCGUGGCUUGUUGGACAAGAUCAUGAAGCGCGCUUCUGAGUGCGAUGGAACCUUCUCGGCUCCCUCCAGCGCAGGCUUGCGAAGACAAACCAGUGGCAACCUGCCGCCGGACCGGGAGUUCUCGCACACCUUGUCGGAGCGCAGCCAACAGGGAGGGUUGGCUAUGCGCAUGGAGGAGAUUCGUGAAAGCAAAGAGGGGUACAAGAAUUGA